AUGUGCAGUAAAAAAAUCAAUGAACCAACUUCUAUAAUCGCCGAGGAGUCCGUGCUUGGUGAGAGAUGGGUGUCCAUCUACGAGAAGGAUGUUGACUUUGAACCACAGCAUUUCGAAGCAGCGAUGCUCAAUAUCAUCAAACAGCCAAAUAUCAAUUCCACGGUAAUUCUCCGAGCGGACUUGCUCAAGGAAAACAUCUAUGACCCGGAGAAAGGAGAUACCAUCUUCACUAGCAAAUUGAUAGGUGAGGUUCCCAACUUUGAAUCAGAUCAAGCAUCAAAGACAGAAACUGCUUCUUCGGUCUUAUAUCGAGAUAUAAAGGAUGUGACAAUUCGACAAGUGCCACUUGAUGAAAAUAAAUUAAAGCUACGGAAUAAGUACGAAAUUGUACGCAGAAUCAUACCUCGGAAUCCAUAUAAAGACCACAUUAUCAAUCAAACUUGUCUUGUAGCCUGCUCAGAGGAUAAAAAUACAACGCUUGUUGUUUAUGUGCCACAUAUACAAACUCGCGAAGAAAUACCUUAUUAUUUACCUUCAGUUUACGGAGUCGGUAUACUCCACCAUAACAAUAAAGUUUCAGUGCAUUAUCUAACGUUUCAAGAUUCAAGCUGGCGAGAUGAAAAACAGAAAAUUACGUUAAUGGAUUUACUGGAGAGACCUAUGCGGACUGCGUUAAGGUUAUUGCAAACUUCAAGCAAACACUCAGCGGGAGUGAAGGCAGGGUAUGAGAAACGAGUCAAACUUGAUUUAGUAGUAUCGAAAGAAAAUUUCCAAAACAAAUAUAUAUACCUCAAAACCAAGUACUCUGCCAACUUGGUGAAAAACUGGUGCGAAAGCACCGAUCCAAAGAAACAUGUAUUUGAGGAUCUAGCAAUUGCAGCAUUUUUGAUGGAGUACUGGAAAGCGAAAAAAUUUGACGCUGGCAAUUUUGAAUUCCGAGACUUGGGGUGCGGUAAUGGGUUAUUGGUCAAUAUAUUGAUCCAGGAAGGUUACAAAGGUCAAGGAAUUGAUGCCAGGGCGCGCAAAUCCUGGGCUACAUAUCCCGAAGAAGUGAGGAGUAAUCUUUUCGAAAAGAUCAUCGUACCCAGUGUUUUGCUCAAACCACACCCAUCCAUGGCUAGGACAUCACCAGAAAUCAAAGAUAAUGGGAAACAAUUCGCCGAGCCAACCAAUAAUCAGGUGAACUAUCAUUCUGCUGGUAGCUUGCUCAAAUCACCAAUGGUUUGCACCACUGAAGACUUUCCUAAAAAUACGUUUCUUAUUGGAAACCACUCGGAUGAAUUGACGUGUUGGAUGCCUUUGCUUGGUUUCCCGUUCAUUGUGAUACCUUGUUGCUCGCAUGCCUUAAGUGGAGCUCGUGUAAGGUAUCCACCCAGAAAAUUCAUUGGUCCACAACCAAAGAUGGAAAAGUCUACAAGUUCUAUUCCGCAAAAUUCAACAUAUGGCUCGCUAAUGGACCACGUGGAGGAUAUUGCCAUUUUGAACGGUUGGAAAGUUGAGAAAGAAAUGUUGCGUAUACCAAGCACGAGAAACGCAGCCAUAAUGAGUUGCGAGAAAGUAGAUGAGCUUAAGGGAGAACCAGAGGAAAUAUCUCAGUUACGAGUCUUUGACAUUGUUAGCAUCGAAGGGGGUGCUGAUGGAUGGGUGGAAAAUUCCUUAAACUUGAUGAAAAAGGCACCAAGAAAUCAUUAA